CGUCGACGCGCGCGAGAAGGCAGAAGGCAACUGACGCAGCGAGUGGUUAUAUAUAUAUAUAUAUUUUGUGUGUGUGUGUGUGUGUGUGCGGGUAGGCGAAGCGGGAGGAGGACGGCUGGCAGAGGAGAGUGGGAGGAGUAAGGGUACAGCAGACGGGGGAGGGAGGAUGGGCUAUGGCGUCGAGAUGGGCCGUCCGCCGGCGGUGGUGGCCGUUGCAAUGGAGGCGGUUUUCGGCUCACGUGGGCGUUGUGGCAGCAGCAGCCACCAUCGCCGAGUCUUCUGCUCGGCAAAUGUUCUCCUUUUCGCUCUUGCUCUCUGUGCGGUGACAGCGGCGGCGGCGGCGACGGCGGUGGGGGACACAUCAUCAGCUGUUGGCAAGCUGAUUAACACAAGGAUUGACAGGCGGAUCGAUCUGUCGACGCAGUUUGUGAAGCUCUACGUCACGGCGAAGAUGGAGAACGAAGGUUCGGCGGAAGUUUCCGAGAUCCUUCUUGCCCUUCCUAAUCAGCAAGCGGAACGUCUCGCGUACCGUACGGUUAAAAUUGGCGGGAACGACGGGGGGGGCGCGGCGUUGCCGGUGUCGGCGGUUGUCCCCGCCAUUUCUGGCGUCGAUCCUGCGCUUUCCAAGGGCAUCACGUUUUUCGCCGUGUCUCUUCCCUCUCCGCUGAAGUCUGGCGGAUCGCUAACCCUAGAAAUCCACUGCGUGUUCACCCGCCUGCUGGAACCCUACCCCGCCGAAAUCUCUCAACAAGACCCACAGCUCGUGCUCUACCACGACAACCAUUACUUCCUCUCCGUCUAUCCAACGAAAACACAGGUCACGAAGGUCUCGCUCUUCAGUCCGGGCGUCGAGUCCUACACGAAGGAGGAACCGACGAGGAAGAGAGACAACGAGAUCACCUAUGGGUUUUAUCAUAACACACAGCCCUUGGCAAUCUCUCCCAUGCGUAUUCACUACGAGAAUCUUGCCAAAUUCGCGGUCAUCUCGAAUCUAGUACGCGAGAUGGAAGUGUCGCCGUGGGGGAGCGUGACAGUGAAAGAAGACUACGUGAUUUACAAUGGCGGGGCGAAGCACAAGGGCACCUUCUCUAGGCUGGAUUAUCAGCUGCGGCCGGGCGCAAGCGGCGCCGCCUCCUUCCGCCGACUCUUCGCCACGCUCCCGCCGCGCGCAUUCGACGUGUACUACCGCGACGAGAUUGGCAAUAUCUCUUCCUCUCUUUUGCGCGGCGACUCCAAGAAGACGGAGCUGGAGGUUGAGCCUCGGUUCCCCAUGCUGGGCGGGUGGAAGGUGGCUUUCACUAUCGGCUACAAGCUGCCGUUGGAAGACUGCGUGUCUGUGUCAAAGGAGGACGGCAGGCGCGUGUUGACUAUGCCGUUCGGUACACCUUUCGAAGACGCGUAUGUGGAGGAUCUGACGGUGGAGGUGGCACUACCUGAAGGAGCUGCGGACAUGGAACCGGUAGUUCCUGCUGCGCUUCAGGGAGCGGCUGGCGGCGGCGGCGGCGGAGAUGUCUCCGUCUUCCUCUCUGUCAAACACGCAAUGCUGGACAUCACCGGUCGACCUGUGAUCGUCUUGAAGAAGACGAACGUUGUCGCCGAACACAACGUCGCUUUCCAAGUCAAGUACAACUUUGCCGCCAUAUCCAUGCUUCGCAAACCCUUGUUGUUGAUCUCCGCCGUUGGCGCCUUCUUCCUCGCUUGCAUGGUGUACGCUCGGGCCGACUUCACCAUAUCCAAGAGCUCGCCAGCGUACGUAGCGAGGAAACAGAGGGAGGAGGUGAUCGACGCCGUGCAGAAGGUCCGAGCCGUUCUCAAAUCUAGGGUUGGAUUAACCAGAUACUUGGAGGCAUCGCUGAAAGAGCUGACGAGGAAAGGAGAGGAGGGGGUUGCCGAGUGUAAGGCGGUGAGAGCGCCGGUGGAGGAGAAACUCAAGGAGACCGCCAAGUCUAUCAAGAGCCUCGUUGAUCGGUUGGAAUCGAGCGGUGGACGUUCGAUUGGGCUCGUUGCCAAGGUCAAGGACAUAAUCGCAAAAGAAAAGGAGCUGCAGACGCAGGCCGUCCAGAAACAUGUGGCCAUGGUAGAGGGGUAUGAACGCAAAUUGGCGCCAAGAGAGAUUGAUCAACGCGUGGAGAAGAUCCAGCAGAGACUCACCGCUCUCAUGACGGAGGUGCGCGACCUGCUGCAGGCACUCGAUGAAUGAAAAAUGAAUCCAAUUAUGAAUCCAAUGAAUUCAACGAACGAGCGGGAGGAAGAAAGCGGUGACGGCUAGCCUGCCGCAAAAGUGGCGAACGAACGAACGAGAGAGAGGUAGAGCGAGAGCGAGAGAGAGAGAGAGAGAGAGCCUGCGCCAAAAAUGGCCAACGAACGAACGAGAGAGAGAGAGAGAGAGAGAGAGAGAGAGAGAGAGAGAGAGAGAGAGAGAGAGAAGGCACGAUCAAUCUCUGAUCACCCCCGGACCCGGUAGUGUGUAUCGUUGGAUUAAUCAGUCCGCCGAUCUGAUUUAAGUCGGGGGCGGUCCUUGACGUAGUGGGGGCGAGCUCUAGGGAGGAAGGUGGGGAAUGAAUGGAUGAAGCCAGCAAAUGAGAGAAGGAGACGACGAAGGAGACGACGAAGGAGAGAACACCUGUUUUAGGGUUUGAAAUGGAAGAGGUGAGUAGCAAGUAGGAGGAGGAGGAGGAGGAAUAGAAAUUGAUGGGAUGCGAGUUUAGGUUAAGAGUAUGCGAUGAAAUGGUGCUGUUGCAGCUGUUCCUGCUGGAGGAGGAGGAGGAGGAGGAGGAAGAGGAGUUGGCAGGAGGAGAUUUCUAGGUUAAAAAAGGGAUGCACACAAUGAAAUGGUGGUGUGGCAGAUCUGCGGCUCAGCGAGGAAGAAUCAUAACGAUUAUCGCUGUGGGCUUCGGGGUACGAAUCAGGUAUUUGCGGUUAGGGAGGAGCUGGCCGAUGGCAAGAGACCGAGAGGACGAGGAGGAGGAGGAGGAAGAGUUGGCUCUGCUGUAAUCGAGAUGGUGGAGAUUGAACCGUCAUGAGGUUUGUGACUUACGUUCUGUUUUCUGAUCUGAGCUUCUGCGGUGAGCGGGGAACGCGUGGAAUAACGGAGCGGGAGUUUUUUGGCGCGCCGAAGAAGUAGCGGGCAUUUUUUGGCGCGCUAAUAAGGCUAUCUUCUGGUCGUCUCUUGAAUCAGCUUCUCUCUGGGCUCGUGUCGUUGGUCAUCGAUUCGAUCAAUUGGUUGAUAGAUGGAUUGGUUGAUUGGUUGACCGAUUGAUUGGUUGAUUGAUUGAUUGAUUGUUAUUGGUGCCUAAUUAGGGCUUUUGCGUCAUUCGUGAUAAUCGAGGUCCUCCUAGUGUAGGGGGGUCAAUCAUAAGAUGAUGAUGAUGAUGAUGAUGAUGAUGAUGGAUCAAUUUGUCAUGGUGGUCGCCCUCUGAGAGACGAGAGGAGGAGGAGGAGGAGGAGGAGGUGUUUUUGUACUGUCUCGCUUGGCUUACUGCGUCAGCAAAUUUUUGUUUGGUCCUUUUCGCGGAUUUUGCGGAUUUUUUGUCGUUUUCCGUUUCGGUGGAUUGAUAUGUGAAAUAUUCAAUGAAGAACAAAAGAAAAAAAGUGAAAAAAGAGGGAAAAAAAGACUCGUGUUGGCCUUUUUUUUUUUGCCUGUUUCUCUCUCUUGUUUUUUUUUCCUGCAAUUGUCGUCAGUCGGCACUGAUCGGUUACCUUCUUCGGAUUUGAACCGUUUCUUAGGGCGAGUAUACACACCGGGGGUUCUCUUUGCCGAUCUCUCGGGACGUAAUUGCGGUCUGAUUCAUCCAGGACCGGCCGUAGUUGCAGUCAAAUGCGUCGAUGACGCCUGAAUUUAUCAGUAUCUUCCUAUCUUCCUCGGAUUUGAUCCGUUUCAGCGCGUGUUCAUACUGGGACUUCUGUUCACUCGUUUGUGGACGUAUUCGCUGUCAGAUUCAGUCAAAACCGGCCGCAAUUGCAGUCAAAUACAUCUGAAUUUAGUCCCAGGGUGAGCGAGUAUGUUCUUUUGUCAUUGGGUAAUAAAUGAAUUCAUAUUCCGUCC